AUGGACAAGCUCCGUCUUCUGACCUUCGACGGCGUUUCCGACCCUUCUGCCCAUGUCACGUCCUUCAACAUUGCAAUACGGCGCGCGAAUCUCUCUGACGAAGAAAAAAACGCCGGCUUUUGCCAGCUUUUCGUCGAAACCCUAGAAGGAAUCGCUCUCAACUGGUUCACCGGCCUUCAGGAAAACUCCGUCAACAGUUUUCACGACCUCUCGACGGCUUUCCUCAAGAACUAUAUCAUGUUUACUCGCCAAGAAGCCACCGCUACGGAUCUCUGGAACUUCAAUCACGCCAAUGGGCAAAGCCUCCGAGAUUUCAUGGAGAAGUUUAAAUCCGUUGUCUCGAAAGUCGAUGUACCAGACCACAUAGUUGUGGAAUCAUUGAUGAACACCCUCCAUAUCAAAUCUCCAUUUCGAGCCGACCUUUAUCGGCACCCGACGAGAUCCGUGCCGGACGCUAUCGCUCGAUCCAACAACUUCAUCCGUGUGGAGGAAGACACAAGAGCAAAGGCGGCGGGAAAACAAACGCCCGCCCGGACGAACGACACCCGUCAGGAGCCGCGUAACCAUUCUACGGGCAGAAAACCCAACCAGAAGAGGGGUUAUAUGAACGUAGUGAACGAAGAGGAGCCCUCAGGUUCUGCGGUUCUCGUGCGAGAGAAAGGAUGGAAUCAUUGGGACCGAGACACCGCACAACUGAAAUCCAGUUCUCCCAAACCAACAAGCUCAAACGCUGCGGAACCGAGCAAGUGGUGUACGUAUCACGAGGAAAAUUCACACGACACGAAGGAUUGCAAAGCCCUUUACGAACAUUUCCUCAAGUCGAUCGAAAAUGGAAAAAUUGAGAUAGAACCUCCUCCGCAGAGGCCGAGGAACAAUAAGAGCUGGGGCAAAAACAAAGAUAAGAAAUCUCAGAAGUCUCAAGCUAUGGCUCAUCAGAAAGAAAAGUGA